CAUUGUUGCUGAAAGUGUGGGAGGAAUGGGAUGUGAAGGGAAUGGUUCUUUUUAGUCUCACCUUACAAAUCAUCCUCUCUGUCUUAGGUAGGCGUAGAAAAUGCAAAAUUAACUAUUUCUUCAAAGCCAUUCUAUGGUUUGCCUACUUGGGUGCCGAUUGGAUUGCCAUUGCUACUUUGGGCAAACUUUCUGGCUCCCAUGCAGAAACUACUGCCGCCAACGUCUUUAGAGCAUAUUGGGCUCCUUUACUCUUGGUACAUCUUGGUGGCCCUGACACCAUUACAGCUUAUGCUUUUGAAGACAACAAGCUUUGGAUUAGGCACCUCGUCAUCCUUAUUGUCAAGGUCAUUUUGGUCAUUUACGUUGUUUGUUUGUCAUGGACCUUUUCUUGGCUCUCGUUUUUUAGUCUCCCUCUCAUUUUAGCUGGAAUUAUUAAGUAUGUGGAGAAGAUAUUGUGUCUCAAGCUGAAUGACUCACAGAAAACAAAACCAAUCUUUUCUAAUAUAUUUAAUCUUCGAGGUCAUCCUGACCCCAAUGAGAACCAAACCCUUGAUCCCCUUCGUGAAGCAAAAGGAACCAUUUUGUCAGCUUAUCUGCUAUUUACAAUUAUGAGGCUUGAUGUUAAUGAUUACCUCUCCUCUGAAAAUCUUCGCGAUAUUGGCACAAGGAUCAAAGCUUAUCUCAAGGAAACUAUAGGUAUGGAUGGUGAAAAGGCUCUCGAGUUUGCAGGCAAAUAUUUUCCUCGAAGCUAUGGAAUGGACAUUUUAGUUGAAAUAUAUUCUAUUCAACUAGGAUUCAUGUUUGAUGUUGUUUACACCAAAGCUAGUUUGAUUUACACCAAGUUAGGCUGCUUCUUGCGCCUCACUAGUUUCACUAGCUCUUUCUCAAUUCUGAUGCUCUUCUUUAUCAAUAUCAUUAAUGAGCCAAAAUUCUAUGGCUCAAGAAUUGAUAUUGCCAUAACUGGCAUCUUAUUGAGUGGAGCUAUUGCACAAGAACUUUAUGCAGCAUGGUUAAUGCUUUCUUCUGAUUGGGCAGUUCUUGUUGGGGAAUUUCAUCAUAAUGUGUUGGUACGCAAAAUGUUUAAGGUCUCAUUAAAGUACUUCCCUUGCUUAUUGCAUCGAAGUAAAAGGUGGUCAAAACACAUGGGUCAAUUUGAUUUGUUGGAAUAUUGCUGGCAUUACAAGAAAAGGGAGGCAAACCAAUCACAUGGCUCUCUACCGAAGAUCAGUAUUGGCAGUGAAAUUGUUGAAAUGUGGCACAAAUACAGGUUUACUAAAUUUGGGCUUGUUCCACAUUUUUUGCAGCAAGAAGGAACUUACUAUGAAUUCAUGGGGGAAUACUUUUUAGAUAGGUCCUUAAAGACAACAAGGGGAGGACAAGCAUUGCAGAAAUAUCAAAAAUCCGAUCAACUAAAAUGGAGCAUUGAAUUGGAGUUUGAUCACAGCAUCAUAAUAUGGCAUCUUGCCACAAGUGUUUGCUACUUACAAGAGGAUAAUCAUGAUGAUGAAGCUAUGAAAAUUAGUAAACAUGUAUCAGAUUACAUGAUGUAUCUAUUGGCCAUGUGUCCUGCCUUGCUAUUGUCCGAGCAUAGUAAGAGUUUUUGGCUUGAUCAUGCUUGUGACAACCUCAAACAACUUGUGUCUCCUGCAAUUGAUAUAAGAAAUGCUGCUUCCAGAUUACUUUCCAGACCAGAUAUUAAUGUUCAUGAAUCCAGUUGCAGGGAGGGAACUUCUGAAAACCUAAAAAGAGAAGUGAGGAAGCUAGUCAAAUUUUUAAAGCGACCAGAUAAUAAGUGGGAGAUGAUUAGGGAUGUCUGGAUAGAGAUACUACUCUAUGCAGCAGUUUCAAGUCAGCACAUUAAUCACGUUAAGCAACUAGGAGAAGGCAUUGAAUUACUCUCACUCAUUUGGCUUUCAGCAUGCUCUAGCAUGAUGACUAGUAUUCUUUCGAGUGGAGAAGUUUGACCAACAUCUGCAAGCUUGGCGGCCUUAUGUCUCAUGUUGGAAUUGCAUACUUUAAGAAGUGGCAACGUAAUUUAUGUUAUUUUCUUAAAUAAAUUUGUAUCUAAUAUUUAUUGUAAACUUUACUCUGUAUAAAUUAAACUCCAGAAU